AUGGCCAUCGGGAAGAACCGCAGGAUCAGCAAAGGCGGGAAAAAGGGGUCGAAGAAGAAGACCGUCGACACGUUCGCGCGCAAGGAGCACUAUGUGGUGAAGGCGCCUUCAUACUUCCACGUGAGCAACAUCGCGAACACGAUGGCGAGCCGCAGCCAGGGACUCAAGAAGUCGGAGGACAGCCUGCGCGGGCGCACGUUCGACAUCAACCUCGCGGACUUGCAGAAGAACGAAGGACAGAGCCACCGCAAGAUCAAGCUGAUCUGCGAAGAGGUGCAGGGCCGCAACUGCUACACGGACUUCCACGGCCUCUCGGUCACGCGCGACUACUUGUGCGCGCAAAUCCGACGCCACCACUCGUUGAUUGAGGCGUACGUGGACGUGCAGACGGUAGACCGCUACCAGCUGCGCAUGUUUUGCAUUGCGUUCACGAAGUCGGUGCCGGGGCAGAUGUGCGUGAACUGCUACGCGAAGACCUCGCAGCAGAAAGUGAUCCGCAGCCGCAUGGUGAAGUACAUGCAGCAGGAGGCGAGCAAGUGCACGCUGAAGGAACUGGUGAAAAAGCUGAUUCCGGAGGGCAUCUCAAAGAAGAUCGAGAAGCUCUGCAGCAGCGUGUACCCGGUGCACAACGUCUCGAUUUACAAGGUAAAAGUAGUCAAGAAGCCGAAGCUCGACGUGGCGAAGCUGAUGGAGCACCACUCCACGGCGGCGGUCGCUGGCGAGCUCAAGGAGGCGAAGAACCUAUUGAGCGCAGACGUGGUAGCGGAGAGCUAA